AUGGACGUCUAUCAAGUUCUUUCUUAUCGAAUACCAAAGUUAAUUCAAGAUAAUCCUGAACAUAGUUCAAAACCAAUCUAUGUACUUACAACUGUGAAUUAUCAUGUCAAUGAUCAAUUAGAACAACGGUUACAACAGGCAAAUAAUGAUUAUCAUGGAGAACGUCUCGUACUUAUUCCUUAUAACUUAGGAAAUUCUCAUUCGACUGGGAUAUUCAUAAAAUUUAAGGCUGAUGAUCAUAUUGAACGAGCUGAAUUUAUUAAUCCAGUUAAUGAAUCUAGUUACAUUCCUGAUGAAUUACAACAAUAUUUCAAUGAAAUUUUUCCUGGUGUUCAUUUACAGCUCAGAACUUGUGAACAUAUUGGUGAUCGAAAUCUUAGUGCAGUUUUAACUAUCAAAAACUUACUAGCAAUAGUCGAAGAAUCAGAAUUUACAACAUAUGAAUCUUCAAGUACGAAUAAUGUACAAACUCAACCAAUUGAUUGGCAGCACAAAGACCCAAAUAUUGAUACAUCAUUGUUUUCUGAAGGUAAUCAUUCGAAAUUUUCUGAUUCGGUACAAAAAUCGAAAAGUAUAAUAGAAAGCUCCAAUCAUCAACAUGCGUUACAAUUACCAGUGAAAAUACUAGAAACAAAAGAACCAUUUGAUAUAUCCACAAGACAGAGUAGAUACAAUGAAUCUAAGAUAGAAAUAGAAACUUCAAAAGAAAUCAUUCAAUCACAUAUAACUACGGUAGACAUUCAAAAUUCGACAAAUGACGCCUCCCUUAACAUAAAUGAUACUUCAUCGAUAUCUAAAUCAUACGAAGAUUUGAAAAAACAGUUACAGAAUUGUUUCGAUGAACUUGAUAUCAGUAAUGAGGACGAAUUAAAAAGUCGAAUCGAGGAAAAGAAAAAACGAAUAGAAGAUUUAGCAAAGCAAGGAAAGCAUGACAAUGCACGAAAACGAGAAAAAUCAUUAACAAAAUUAGAGGAAGUUCAAUCAUUAAUGAAUAGAAUUAAAGAGCUCGAAACUUCUGAACUAAACGAUGAUUUUCAAACAUUAAAAAAACAGGUAGAUACUGCUUUCGUUGAACGUGAUAUUGAUAAUGAAGAACAUUUAAAAGAGUUAAUCAUCAAAAAGAAAAAAAGAAUAGAAGCAUUAGAAAAUGAAAGAAAGUA